AGUAUAAAAACGUCAAAUAUAUUUGUUUCCCCAUACGAUAACAUUUAUGCAAUCGAUACUACCAUCGAUGACUUGCUGCUCUAACUGUCACCUCUAUUUGAUAAAUUUUCUUUGUGUAAUUUUUUGUAGUGAAAAUCCGCACAGUUAAAGUACAUUCAAACGGCUUAAAUCAGAGACUUAAAAGCGUUUCCAAUGUCGGAGAACAAGGAAGAGACCCUGGCGAGCUUCCAGAACAUCACGGGCAUCGACGACGUGGGUGAGGCCUUCUCCCACCUGGAGGCCGUCAACUGGAAUCUGAUGGAUGCCCUGAGUCGGGUGAUGCCACACGAUGAUGCGCCGCUGGCCGGAUCCAUCCAGCAGCCGGAGCCGCCAGCCAGGAGCAGCUUGGCCAUGGAGAGCACCAACGGCUUCCUUCCGCCUGGCUACGAAGAGCUGCCCGGGCCGUCCAACGCGGGAUUCUUUGCAGCCCUGGAGAACCGGAAUCAGAACCUAACCAUGCAACAGGCGCACCACCACCAGCAGCAGCAGCAGCAGAGAUUUCCCACGUCACAAUUGCUAGCCCAGCUCACGUCGAGCAUCAACCUGGACCCUGUGUCCAGCCACAACAACAACCAGAAUGUGAUUGCAUUCAACAUCCACUUCAACCAGCAGCUCUACCGCAUCCGCUUGCCCUCGGAGGCCACAGUUGAGCAACUGAAGCGCAAAAUCUUUGACGUGACCAGUGUCCCUGUGUGCCGGCAGGCCAUUCGCGGCUGGCCGCCGUCCAAGGCCAGCGAGGCCCAACAGCCAGAAGCACGCAUCGGUAACCUGGACCUCGCGCCCGAAAACGAACUGAUUCUGGUGGACCUCACCGACGACGGUUUCAUGGACACCGAACAGGACGAGGUGACGCAACGGUCGGACAAGAUAUUUACCAUUCACAUUCAAUUCGAGUCGGAGUCGCUAACAUUGAGCCUGCCUGGACGCACGACGAUGCAGGCGCUCAAGAUGAAUGUGUUCGACAUUAAAAGCAUACCAGUACGCCACCAGGAGUGGACCGGCUGGCCCAGCGAUUGUGACAACGAAACCACAUUGGCUCAAUCCGGUAUUGAGCUGUCCCACAGAUUCACCGUGAGGACUGCAGCGGGUGCGGCCCAGAACUCAACUUCCAACCAGCACAACAACACGUUUGAGUUGGUCAACGUGGACAGUGAGAGUUCGGCGGAUGAGUUUGAAGAUGCCACGGACUUCAACAACGCCGAGUACACAUUCACCGACUCACCACCUACACAGCCGCUCAACAGACACUUAAUACCAAACAACACAGACGACGAGACAAGUGGGUCCACACAGUUCGUCGAAAACUACAAAUCGCUAUACGGAGAGCCGUGUCCAGAGUUCUUUGUGGGUAGUUUGGAAAGCGCCAAGCAGCUGGCCUGCCUCAAGUCCGCCAAGGAGCGUAAACUUCUUGCUAUUUACUUACACCACGGCAAAAGCAUUCUCACCAACGUUUUCUGUGAUCAACUGAUGAAGCAUGAGAGCAUUAUCCAGACCUUCAAGGAGAAGUUCGUCCUAUUUGGCUGGGACUUGACCUACGAGAGCAACAAGGAUAUGUUUCUUUCCUCGCUGACAGCUUGCAUCAGCAGCAAUGCCUCGCUUACAGCCAGGAACAUCAAGCUGGACAAACUGCCUGCCAUCAUGCUGGUGGGCAAGAGCCGUCAGUUGGGCAGUAACUGCGAGGUUUUAUCUGUGAUUCAGGGUAACAUUGGACUGGAUGACUUGCUAACGAGGCUCAUUGAAACCUGUGAAAUGUUCGAGGAACAGUUGCAAGUUGAGAUCCGACAGGAAGACGAGCGCGCCGCUCGCGAUCAGGUGAAGGCGGAGCAGGACAUGGCCUACGAAGCAACUCUGCAAGCCGACAUGGCCAAGGAUGCUGCAAAACGUCAAAAAGAAGCUGCGCAAUUGGCAGAGCGCAAGCGCCUGGAGUCCGAACGAGCCGAGGAAGAUGCUAGACGGGAGUCCAUAAGAUUAGUUGCUCAACAAUCGCUACCUCAGGAGCCGUCCGAGCUGGAGGCGGGCAUUUCCAAAAUUCGCGUACGUAAGCCCACCGGCGAUUUCCUGGAGCGUCGCUUCUACACCAGCAACAACCUGCAGGAUCUUCUUAACUUUGUAACCGCCCACGGAUUCCUCAUCGAAGAGUACAAACUAAUUAGCAGCUGGCCGCGAAGGGAUCUCACCGCGAUCGAGAGCAGCCAAACGCUGGAGACGCUCAAGCUGUAUCCGCAGGAAACGGUUAUUCUGGAGGAGCGAUGAUUCCGCUCAUUAUGUUAAGGCAAUUUCGUUUUGAUUGGGUUUAGUUCUCGCAUUAUUAAUAUUUUAAAACUGUA